GGUGACGUUAUCGAUUACUUUAGCUUGCUAAUUUGAUUUCAUAAAGACGUUAUAGUUUUUUUAAAUUUAUUUUAACUUGGCUUGCAGAAAUAAUUAUUGGAUAAGUCAGCGUCCUUACCUUAGCUAUCAAUAAUUGAUAUACUAAGCGAGCUAGCUUGUGAAAAGAUGAGCGCGUAUCAUGGAGGUACCUAUGGUAACAAACAACAAAGUGUGGAAAGCACGGUUCAGCAGCAUGGUAGGCAGCACACAUAAUGCCCAACCCAGUGAUGAAGACUCCAGUGACGCAGAGGAACUCCCAAUCUAUGACUUCCUACAGCUCUCAAACAGUCAAAGAGGCCGCAGGCAAAUGGAGGCAGAUGAACUGGUGGUCCUCAACAGCUCAGACUCCGAGAGCUUGGCACCACCGUUCUCAGGCUUCCACCCGGAGCCCUCUUCUCUGCUCCGACAGCAGAGGGAGGAGCAGGUGGUCUUGCUCAGCAGUGACAGUGAGGAGGAGGUUUUUGUGCCCCUGGCAGUGAGACUGAAGGAGCGCCUAGGUGGUUCCUCAACAUCCACAACUGCCGUGCGGCCAGAUCCACCCCAGCACGCCUCUGCCAGCCGCCCUCACCCUUCUGUGCAACCGCACCGUUACAAAACUAGCUCAGACCCCACCUCAGCAGGCCACCGCAACACCCCUGUCCUCCUUGACCAGGAGGGAGAUGAAGAAAGCUCAUGGGCCCCUGAGGCGUCGGGGUACUGCCCGCGUGCGGACGUGGGUGCCUCUCCUCCAAAGAAGAAGGUGGCCAAACGGAGUCCGGCAGAGGUCGAGGCAGCCAGAGUGGAGGCUCUGAAGAGGAAGGAGGCUCGGGAGAGGCAUCAGGUGGAGAAGGAGGUGCGCAAGCUGCAGUUGGACAAGGACAGGGUGGAGAAGAGAGCUCUUGCGGAUGCGGCAAAGGCUCUGAGGCCCGAGGAGUGCAUCAAGCACAUGGUCGUGUCUGUGGACCCAGCUCUGUUGCAGCUGGACGGCGGUGGCGUGCUGCUCACAUCCCUGCAGGCUCUGGGCUGUAGCUGUGCCAUAGAGAGUCAGCUCCUGCCCUGCAGCAUCACCUGGGCCAGGAGGACUCCAGCACAGACAGGGCAGAUGCAGUCUAUUCCGGAAUCCCACACCAUAAUCAAUGUGCCUGUUGAGGACUUCGUCUCCAUGGUCAACAGUCACAGUCAGGAGCAGAAGAGCUACGGUAUGGACUGUGGCCUGACUCUUACUGCAUGGACACUCAGCCUACUGUCACGCAGCUCAGGCCAGACCCUCAGCCUGGCUGUCAUUGACCUGGAGAAGUACUUCAGAUCCCAGAAGUCUCAGGUGCAGAAGAGGCACCGGCAGGCUGUGCUAGGAGAGGAGCAUGGGACGGGGAAGAGGAGGAGGAGAAAAGAGGGAGGAGGGCAGCUUCCUGACGUGACCCGGGUGGAGGUGGAGGAGGCCCUGGUGCACCUGCAGCUUCACACCGGCGUUCAGACGCGCUUCCUGCCCUCCUGGAAGGACUUCUCCGAUUUCAUCGCCAUGUCCACCAAAGCUGUGGCAGAGGCGCCUUUCAAGAGGGAGCGGGAGCAGACGGGCUUCAGCUUCUGCCUGGAGAGCGAGUGGGCUGGAGGCUGCAGGGCGGACCGCGCGGGGAAGGGCCUGCUGCAGGUGUGGAAGAGGCAGCUCCAGCAGCUCAACCGUGUCAGCCCCGACAUGGCCAGUGCCGUCCUCGCUGCGUACCCCUCCCCAAAGCUGCUGGCUCAGGCGUACGGGCGGUGCAGGACAGAGCGUGAGAAACUCUCCCUCCUUUCGGACGUUCUGAUUCGCCGCGGGGAGGGCGUGACCUCCACUACGCGCAGGGUUGGCCCAGAGCUCUCCAAGCGCCUCUUCCUGCUGAUGACGUCAUCAGACCCCCAGCAGGUCCUGGACUCCACCGGUGCUUGAUGGCACUAGUGCAGAAUGUGGACCAAUAAAAGACCUGCUCCUGGUCUGUUAGCUUUUAUAUAUUUAUCUGUUGCAUAUUUUGACAUGUUUGUACCUUUUAAAUU